UUCGUUCAAUUAUAUUGUUGUUUUGUCUACAGGUAUAAGGUACGUAACGAAUCUUGUUUUUGGGAAUUGAGCGAUUGAUUUGAAAUAAGUCAAUCGCUCACAUCUAUAUAUAAAUUCGUUGAGUUAAGAAUCACAGUUUGUUUGAAAGAAAAAAAGAUGGCGGAAGAACAAAGGAUGCAAGAAGGAGGAGGACAUAGGCUAUGUGCUAAUAAUUGUGGUUUCUUUGGUAGCCCAACAACUUUGAACCUUUGUUCCAAAUGCUACAAGGAUCAUUGCAUGAAAGAACAACAAUCGCGAACCGCUCAGCUCGCAAUGGAAAAGACUCGUCCCCAACAACAACAACAACAACAAUCUGAAUCAACGUCUACGUACAUACCAUGUACAAAGCCGUUACCAAUUCUUGAAGUCUCACAACCACGAGAGACAGAGAUUGCAACUAGGGCUCCUCAGGUGCAGUCAGAUACUGCAGCUGAGGUUCCUCAGGUGCAAUCAGAUACUGUAGCUGAGGUUCCUCAGGUGCAUACACAAUUAAAUGAUGUAGCUGAUCAAGCUCCUCAAGUGCAGUCAAAUCGUUGUGCCACGUGUCGAAAACGGGUCGGUUUAACGGGUUUCAAGUGUAGGUGUGGGGUCACAUUUUGUGGUUCACAUAGGUACCCUGAGCAUCAUGGUUGCACCUUUGACUAUAAGUCAAUGGGAAAGAUGGCAAUUGCCAUGGCUAAUCCAUUGGUUAAGGCUGAAAAGCUACACAAAAUUUGAUUAAUUAAUUAAUUAAUUAAGGAGAAUUAAUAUGAACCAUUUGAUCCAUAAAUUGGUUGAUCAAACGGCCAAGAUUGUUGCUAAUUAAGCACAAGUUGGUGGAUGGACUUUGAUUAUAUAUAAUUUUCUUUUGCACAUUCUGUGAAAGUAGUUGUUUCAUUAAUUUAAUAAUGUAAGUUAGGAUAUAUUUUAAUAUUGUAUGGUUAAUUGUAGGAUUUUAUUUCUCUAA